AGAAGGUCAGCGCACCCCCUGUCCUGCUGGACGCCCCAGUUGGGACUAAGUGGGCAGGUCCGGGCAGAGCAGGGCUGUGCUGGUCUCCUAGCGACCUGGGAAGCCGUGCGGGGACGUGCCACCCGCGACCCGGCAGGGGUCCUGCAGCCGGCGGCGGCGCCAUGGCGGCGGAGCGUGGGCAGAGGCUCCAGCCCACGACUUUGGCUCCCGGGCUGCUGCAGGAGCACCGGAACCGCGGGCGGUAUCUGGAAAACCUGCCUUCCAAGUGUUUCACAAAACACAAGAGGCUGAAGUUCCUGGGAUCCUUGAACAGCCAGCGCUGGGUGUUCGUGAGAGAGGAACUGGAUGACUUCAGGAAACGCUGCUCCCCACACCAGCACCCCAAGGAUGUCUUUUUGCCUCAUAUUCAUCACAGACUUCCCCAAGCGACCCCCAAGAAGAGGCAGGAUGGGCUGUCCAAGGGGGCAGCCUUGUCCAAGCUUUCACAAGCUAGGAAGGCAUUCCUCGAGGAUGGGGAAGAUAACAUGGCUCUGCACCCCCUGGCUCUCUGCCGGCAUCUGCAAGAAGCUCUGCCUGCUGAGCUCUUCCUGCAGGUGCUGGAGGCACUGGACCCUGAGAGGAAGCUGGAGGACACGUGGGCUUGUUGUCAGGAUACCAGGAAGUUAAUGAAGGGAUCCGCAAAGCUGGAAGAAAAACGCCCUUCUCCAGUGUGCCCACCCAAGAAGAUGCCGGUGUCACAUUCAGGCCAGUGGCUUUGUGAAGAAAAGCCAAGCCAAGCGAAUUCCCCCUGUAAAGACAGUGUCCUCCAGGACAACAUACGCAGAGGAAUCCGAGACUUCUGCAGCUGGGCCACAGCUUUUGGAAGUUCGCCCAUCGAUGAGGAGUUCAUUCUGCAGCAGUUUGACAUUGACUAUCAGACCAGACGCAGCUGUGACGCACUUCCUGUGAUGAGGCAAAACCAGGACAAAUUCUUCUUGGAUGGUCAGCCUUCCCUGAGAGAACAUAGUGGAUGCUGGAAUGAACCCCUGCCCUCUGGAAGAACAAAUCCUCGUAAGCCAAAGCGGGUGAAGAUGAGGUAUGGAGCCUGGUAUCUGAAGACCAACUUGUGGAAAAAGCGAAGAGCAGAUGAACCUUUGGUGGACCCCAAGACCUCACACAAAGCCCAAGAUGCUGACUUCAAAAAGCAUCUUCAGGAACAGGCAGAGCUGCUGGCAGGCCUGCACGGAACCACCGCCUUUAAGGACUUCAUUCUACGCAGGGGUUACAGGAUGCCCAGGUUCCUUGAGAAGAUAUAUGCUGAGGAGAAAGGUAAAUCUGAACAUAUUAAGAUCCCUAAAAACCUCAUGCCAACAGAGAGGAACCCUGGGAGAAGAUGAGGCAGCUUAUAUUGACUGCGAACUUAGGCAUUGCUUCAUUAUUUUAAUUAUUAAGUAGGAUAUGGUAAGUGCCCACUAUGGAAACUUCAUCCUGGCAGCAUCUAUAAAUAUAAAACCUAACACAAAUAUUUCUAAAUGGCUUUCUAAAUACUUUAAUCAAUUUUUGUAUUAUUUUUUAUUUAUGUAUAGUUGUGUAUGUCUGCAUGUGGCUAUGUAUGUACACGUGACUGCAGAGGACCUCAUAGGCCCCAAGUGUUGAGUCCUCUGAAGCUGGAGUUACAGACGGUUGUGAGCUACUAUG